AUGGACGACGUUAACGAUCGUUUGCGUUAUCUUUCUCGCCAUUUGACUGAAGCCAAUAAUAUAAUAUCCACUUUUAUGGAACAACCUGUUACAUCUACAACUUCUGCACCAUCUACUGCAACUACAACUACGUCCAGUGCAACGACUGUCGGCUCAGUGUUAAGUCGUGCCCGAGCAAUGAUUUCUCAAUCGGUAUCUAAUGGCGCUUGUUCGCGACUUGGAAGAAGAGAACGUUUGAGAGCUACGUCAAGCCCUCGUCAACAAAAUCCACCAAAAAAACAAAAGAAGGACGAGCAAAAAGUUUUCGAGUUCGUAAUUGUGGAUGUACGAGAGAGUGAGGGGAAUUCGUCGUGGUCAUUCUCGGAAGACAUUGUUUUACUUCGAGGAAUUAUACAAAUCAGUAACAGCUCAGGCGAAAGGGAAAUGCGAGAACAAAUAGGGUUGGCAACUCGAAUGAAAUACAGCAUUCUUAACAACGAAGAUUUCGCAUUCUUGCGAGCCACGCGACGAGUGUUGGCCAAACCGGUCAACAGUGGAGCUUACGACUUUAAACAGGUGAAGUUGUUGGCCGGACAAGGAUCUAUUUAUUUAAAGCUAAAAGACCACAUUUACUGUUUAUUACAAGAAGGAAGAGAUGAUGACGAUGACAGUAAGUUUUAACUUUGUAUAGCUAUAAAUGUUAGGUUGGAGGGGGUACUAGUGACUGGACAGAGCAAAUGGCCAGGAAACAGAGCAUACAGAGGGUCGACUCUUUAAAAAGCCUUUGAUUUUCAAAUUCCCACUGAUACGUACGGAAUUUGACAUUGAAAAAAUUAUAUUGCAAUGUUUACAAAUUCUGGCCAUACAGCAGCAGCAGAUUAUCUGGGGGGGGUUGCACAACCUCCCCCCCCCCCCUCAACAAAAAUAAUAUUUUUUAUUGAACUUUUACAAACCUAAGAUAAACCUCGAGAUAAACAUUCAUUUCCCAGUGUAGACAGAAACUCGCUUCUGCUGAGUAACUUGUUCAUCUGGUUGACUUGGCUCUAUAUAAGCAAGCUCUUCUAAAGUAGCCUUGGCUUAGUCUCAUGGCGAUGAAACUUCUUUACCGUAGUGGCCUAAUUUAACGCAAAUGUUUGUCAUUUUUAAUUUAUCCUAGAUAUGGUUCAAAUACGCGGAAUAUGCGAUGAACGUCAACAUGAACCAACGUCGACUGAAGCUUCAUCAGAAAUUGUUGACACUCCUUGUUCCAUUGUUAACAUUGAUGGACAUGAUGAUGCCAAAGUUGAUGACCUUGCCACAAAGAUAGUUGGUUAUUGUACAUCACACAAUAUUGAAGAUCCCAUCGAGAUACUCAGGUACUUUCAAAAAAUUAUGGUAGAAGGGAGAGGACUGGGCAUUCAAGAUGUUAGUUGGGUUGAAGAAGGAGAAACCAGUCUCAUAAUGGUUGACCGCUACAACAUCUUAGAAACAUCAUUUGAGGAGGUGAAAUCCUUAGAAAAUGUACGGAAAACACUUGAAGUGCAGUUUUAUGGCGAAGUGAGUUAUUCUUUUUUGAUAUUUCACAGUUUUUUUUUUCUUUGAGUAUAUAUCUAUUCGCACUUUUCUAUCUGGUUGAGGGUUACAUUUAUCAUUGGGUUCAAGGUUAGGUUAUGGUUUGGGUCUUUCAUCAAGUUGAAAUGCAAAAAAAACCAUAACCUUAAGCCCAAACCUAACCUAAAAUUAGUUUGAACUACUUUUAAACCAUUUUUACCAGUAAUUAAUUUUCUCCGUCAACAUAUACAAGUCCUGCAUGUGUACAUAAUCCAUCUCAUUAAAGCAUUUAUCCAUGUAUGUAAUGUUAUUUCUAGACAGCACAAGACCUUGGAGGACCUCGAAAGGAGUUCUUUUCAAUUGUUGUCCUAGAAAUAUAUAACAAGUAUUUCAAGAAUGGUUUAAAAGAACAUAUGUCUGAAGACUAUUAUACAGCAGGAAUUAUAUUAGGUGAAUUGUAUUAUUAUAUUUAAAUUACGGUUAAAUUUUUCAUUUAAAUUGGUUACAUUCUGAGUUAGACAUGACUAUUUUCUGUAACAGCUGGGAAAGGGUAUUCUAAAACAUUUUACCAGUACUGUAUACAGAAUCAGCGGCUGUGUUGUAUAAGAUAUAAGAUAUCCAAACUUGAGCAGAAAGCGAGAGAGGUUCUAUAUCUUUUCAACACUGACGAGAAUUGAAUAUGAAUUAUAUAUAUUAACUAUAAAGUAUAGUGUAUAAUUAUAAAUCUAAUUUGUUUUUAGGACUCAGCAUAUUACAAAAUGGAAAGAUACCUUAUUUCCUAGGUGAUGUUUCCUUGAAAAUUGUUUUUCAUUCUGUUUCUCUCAAUGAUUGUCUAAGUCAACUACGUCUGGGUUUUAAAAAGCUUGGCAUAUAUCAGGUACCAUAUCCAAACAAUGUUCUUCAUCGAAAUUGUUAUUCACCAAACAAAGCAAAUAUGCAUGUUUGAACAAUUGUACUGCAUAUGUUUAAUUAAUAGGUUGGAGUCCAGUUACCAAAUUUCCUAAAUAUCUUCAAUCACUGACAAACCAACCUGACCUUAAGAUCAUUUGUCAACUUGUUCACACCCAGUUUCAGUGAGAAAGGCUCCAACAAAAGAAAGUUUGAAAAUGAUGUAUAUGCAGUGUUCGUGAAAUAUCUUAGAAAGGUUGCAAGUAAGAAGUUCAGAGCAAAUAUGAUUUGCAUUUAAUUUAUGCAAUGCCAUUUGAGCGAUAAAAUUUUAAUUGAAUUUCCUGACAUGUAUUGUCCUUUGAUGUUCUUUUUAAUUUUAUUUUCCGUUGGAUCUGGUUUUUGUAUGAAUUGUUAAAAAAUGUACUACAUUUUUCAGAAACUGUAAAUUUUCUCAUCUUAAAUUGCUUGACUGACAAUUUAAAGCCCAUGACAUCCAGUGAAAUUUGAGCAGGCACUAGAAAUUUUUGAUGAACAAAUUUAGUUCAAAGGAAUAUAGGAGACUAAGAUACACAAAAGAUGGAAGCACCCUCAGUACUUACACAUUAAUUUUUCCAGGCAGUCUGUACUUUGUAACACAUCCUUUUUUGUUUUUCACCAAAUUUUAUCAUCUAGAUUUUUAGAUUAUGUACAAAUUCAGCUGGAACUGCUGGAUAUUGUUAAUAAAAUUGUCUGUACCAGCGUAGGUAGUAUAAAUGUGAAAUUGCUGUCCUAAUUUCAAAUUGUUUCUUGCAGAUGGUGAACGCAUUGGUAUUUCCUCCAAUAACAUAUUGCGAUUUGCAACAUGUGAUGAUGAAAUACCUCUUUUAGGCUAUGAACGUGGAGCGAAACCCUCUGUCACAUUUUAUGAAGUCCCUGAAAACAAGUCGUUCAUACCUACCGCAAAUACAUGCAGUUGCAAAUUACAGUUACCAAGACCUACAAUUGAAGUAGGACUCCCAGAUGAUGACACAUUAUUUGAUUUCUAUGACAUGGCUUUUGUUAGCGAAUAUUUUGGACACAAGUAA